AUGAUCAAGAAGUUUCCAGGCCACCUGUUUUGUACAUUCUUGUUGUUGUUGAGCUUUGUACCUCGGUUAUAUACCCAACCUGAUGCAGCAAAUAACACCAGAAGAAAAUAUGUUAGUGUUGGUGUGACUCUUGACAUGGGGUCAUGGUUAGCUAAUGUUGUGCUAACUUUCAUUAAUAUGUCAGUUUCUGAUUUCUACGCUGUCAAUGGGAAUAAAUAUGAGACGAGGAUACUUCUCCAUCUAAGGGACUCUAAGGGUGACCAUCUCAAUGCUCUCUCUGCUGCUCAUGAUCUUCUAGAGAACUGCAAGGUGGAAGCCAUUGUUUCCAUUCCAGAAUCUUUAAGUCAAGCUGAAUUCCUUGCCAAUCUAUGUGACAGAUAUAAAGUUCCUUUGAUGUCAAUUGCCACAACUCCAUCUUCAUCCUUUUUAAAUCCUCACUAUAUUCAGAUUGCUACAGAACGGAAAACUAUGGCUGAAGGCAUUGCUGCAAUAAUGACCUUCUUUGAAUGGAAAAAAGUUGCUUUCAUUUCAGAAGACUCCAACAGUGGGAGAGAAAUGCUCUCUGUUCUAUUGAGUACUUUCCAGGAGACAAAUAUCCAGAUCGCUUACACUCUCUCAAUUUCUUCAUCAGCAACCGACGACGUAAUCAACCAAGAGCUCAACAAGCUGAUGGAUGUGGGAACAAAGGUGUACGUGGUUCACAUAUCGGCGUCACUUGCAUCGCGUCUAUUCCUAAAUGCAAAACGGUUGAGGAUGAUGCGUAAAGAAUAUGCUUGGGUAUUAACUGACGAGGUCUUAAACCUAAUUGAUACUCUAGAUUCCAGUGUCUAUGAGACACUGCAAGGAGCCAUAGGUUUAAGGUCUCACAUCCCAUCGUCAAGCAAGCUUCAAAACUUCACAAGGAGAUGGAAGAAGGAAUUAUGGUCUAAGUAUCCUGACGUUGAAUUGGUAAAGACAAAUAUUUUUGGUUUAAGAGCAUAUGAUACAAUCUGGGCACUUGCAGAAGCAGUUGAGAGGGAUGGGGUCCGGGUUGCCAAUGACGAACCACAUGUCCAGAGUGACUCAAGUCCGGGUGGCUUUUGCAUAGAGGUGUUCGUUGCUGCCAUGAAAAGACUGGAAGAUGAAAUAGCUUAUGAUUUUUUCCCUUAUGUUAAUUCGAGUGGAGCAAUGGCAGGAACUUACAAUGAUCUCAUAGACAGCAUUUAUCGUGGGGAGUACGAUGCCGCAGUGGGAGAUAUAACAAUCACAGCCAACAGAUCCUUGUACGUUGAUUUCACAUCAACAUUCACUGACAUUGGUAUUGGGAGGAUGGAGCAUCAAAUUCAUACAACGAACAUGUGGAUUUUCUUGAAGCCCCUCCACUCGAGCCUAUGGCUAACUACUGCUUGUUUCUUCAUCAUAACUGGACUUGUCGUUUGGGUCAUUGAGCGUCCCAUAAACGAGGAAUUCCAGGGUUCACUAUCACAGCAAAUUGCCACGGCCCUGUGGUUCUCCUUAUCCACACUUGUUUAUGCUCACAGAGAGAGGCUGAUCAGCAACCUGUCAAAGUUUGUUAUCGUGGUUUGGAUCUUUGUGGUGCUUAUACUGACUAUAAGCUACAGUGCCACAUUAACCUCAAUGCUAACUAUACAGCAGAUAGAAUUAGUAUCAAAAGGUAAGAACUAUGCAAUAGGAUAUCAAGCUAGGUCACCUGUGACAGGGAUCAUAUUCAACAAUUUGAACGUUACAGACACAAAGGUAUAUAGUGAAAUCAAUGAAUACGCAGAAGCCUUAUUGAAUGGAACUUUUGCUGCUAUCAUUGAUGAAAUUCCAUACAUUAAGUUCUUCCUUGCUAAGUAUCCAUCUGGUAACUAUGUCAUGGUGUCUUCCAAACCUCGCACCAGUGGCUUUGGCUUUGUCUUUCCAAAAGGUUCACCAUUGGUUUCUCAGUUAUCAAGUGCAAUAGCCCAACUAAGAGAAGAAGGAAAGCUUUCAAGGAUUGAGCAUAACUGGCUCAACCCGCAUUCCUCUUUUGCAAUAUUGAAGCGAGAAGAUAAUUCAACUACAAGCACCCCAGCCUCAUUAAAGCUUCAGAGCUUUAAAGGCUUGUUUCUUAUCACUGGAAUUUCCUCUACGUCAUCCUUUGUCAUAUUCUUGGUCAAAUCACUAUGCCAAGAAUGGCGUGAUAAAUUUAGGGAAAUCAAAAUGAGAAUUCUUAGGAUAUUUGGCGAGUGGUUUGUAUUGCUUAAGGAUAGGUCCAUCCUCAAUGUGUAG